AUGGAUUCCGGACAUUUAAUAGAAACGCACAAAAAAUGUCGCCUUUGCCUCAAUUGUUUACUAGAUGGGCCUAUGAUCGCAAUUAGCGAUACACUAUUUUAUGAACAAUUGCAAAAUGUAUUCAAAUUUGAUAUUUUGUGCGACAAGCGGCUACCGAAUUUUGUAUGCGAAGAAUGCAGAGGAGUGGUAUCAUAUAUCUAUUCCUUCAUACAGCAGGUUCAAGCCAACCAAGAGCAAUUACUUAAUCAACCCCAGGACGAAAUUUUGCACCCUGUGGAGAAUAUCAAAGUAGAAUCGUUAUUUGAUGAAAAUUUGUUUGAAGUAGAAGAGCAAGCAAUUUGUGAGACCGCCACAGCUCAGCCAGAAGUAAAGCUAGAGUUUGUCCAACCGUCUAGUCCAACUGGCACAGUUGACAAUGAGGAAUUGAUCAAUCCAGUCACUAGUGAUGAAGAAGAUACGGACGAGAUAGCUGAAAAAGGAAACCGACGCUGCCCUAUACGAAGAAACAAGCGAUAUGAGAACGGCCUGCGUGAAAAGACUGACAAGCGGGAUAAACUACAAGUCGAAUCGCUUGCAAAACAAGUUGAAAAUGAUCAGAUUAUAAAGGACUUUUUCACCCUGGAAUGCGAGAUCUGUUCGACACCAUUGGACAAUUUUGGACAUCUAUUGGACCACUACCGAGACGCGCAUAAUACCAAGGGGUAUGUGCGAUGUUGCGAUAAGCAGUUUUUUCGUCGGUAUAUUCUGGUUGAUCACAUUUCUGCCCACCGAGGCACUAUACGGUGCGACAUAUGCCAAAAAUGCUACAAAACAAGACGAUACCUGGCGUUACAUAUCGCCAAAAGCCACAGCCGCGAGGAGGAUCGACCGUUUAAGUGCGCUAAAUGCCAUGUAUCUUAUCCAAAGCAGUACCUACUACGAGCCCAUGAACUGCUCCAUGUACAAGAGCAGUGCCACAUUUGUCAGAAAAUGCUUUCAAACAAUCAGUCCCUAAAGGUGCACAUUGCACAAAUGCAUGGCGGCGACGGUAAUCAAAUCUGCGCAACGUGUGGUAAAGUUUUUCGCACCAAACCAGCUAUGGAGCGACACAUCAAGGAGCACCUCGGUAUAGAACUGGUGGAGCGGUUGCAGUGCGAAUACUGCCAAAAGUGGUUCAACGGAAAAUACAAUCUUAAGAAGCACAUUCGUUUUCUACAUAAGGAAGAAGGCCAGGUGUUUUCGUGUGAUCUCUGUCAACACGUGAGUCCAAAUAGUCGCGCGUUAGCAAAUCACAAACAACGCAUCCACGUGGAGGAAAAAUACGAAUGCGAGUAUUGCGGUAAACGUUUCAAACGGAGGCCAAAUCUCCGGGAGCACAUUGCAUCACACACAAACGUUCCGCUUUACUCAUGCGAGAUUUGCAAGAAUCGUACGUUCAACUCGAAAGCCAACUAUUUUACGCACCGCAAAAAUCAACAUCCUGAAGAAUGGGAAGCACAAAAGCGUUUAAGAUCGGAACGAGAAAUGAGUAAAAAUUAACAACCAAAAUUGUAUCAAA